ACAUAUUGUGACACCCACAACUUAAAAUACAAUCGUAGCCACUGCAACUAGCUAGGUAGAGAAGGUGCUAAGCUUUGAGCUUUUCUUUUAGAGAAAGAAAAAAAAAAUGGUGACUGUUGAUGAAGUACGCAAACUUCAAAGGGCUGAGGGUCCUGCCACAGUCAUGGCUAUUGGAACUGCCACUCCUCCCAAUUGUGUAGACCAAAGCACUUACCCUGACUACUACUUCCGCAUCACCAAUAGCGAGCACAAGACUGAGCUCAAAGAGAAAUUCAAGCGCAUGUGUGACAAAUCCAUGAUAAAGAAGAGGUAUAUGUACUUGACAGAAGAGGUCCUAAAAGAAAACCCACAUGUAUGCGAAUACAUGGCACCUUCAUUGGAUGCAAGGCAAGACAUGGUGGUUGUAGAAGUACCAAGGCUGGGCAAAGAAGCAGCCACAAAGGCCAUCAAGGAAUGGGGCCAGCCCAAGUCCAAGAUUACCCACCUAGUCUUUUGCACCACUAGUGGUGUGGACAUGCCUGGUGCUGAUUACCAACUCACUAAGCUUUUGGGCCUACGCCCUUCAGUUAAGAGGCUCAUGAUGUACCAACAAGGUUGCUUUGCUGGUGGCACAGUUCUACGUUUAGCCAAAGACUUGGCUGAGAAUAACAAGGGUGCUCGGGUACUUGUUGUGUGCUCUGAAAUCACUGCAGUCACAUUUCGUGGACCUAGUGAUACCCACCUUGAUAGUCUUGUGGGUCAGGCUUUAUUUGGUGAUGGUGCAGCUGCUAUUAUAAUUGGGGCUGACCCAAUUCCUGAGGUUGAGAAGCCUUUAUUUGAAUUGGUCUCUGCUAACCAAACCAUUCUUCCUGAUAGUGAUGGAGCUAUUGAUGGGCAUCUUCGUGAAGUUGGGCUUACAUUUCAUCUCCUUAAGGAUGUUCCUGGCCUCAUUUCAAAGAAUAUUGAGAAGAGCCUAGUUGAGUCAUUCCAACCUUUGGGUAUCUCUGAUUGGAACUCCCUUUUCUGGAUUGCACAUCCUGGUGGGCCUGCCAUCUUGGACCAAGUAGAGCUCAAAUUGGGCCUCAAGCCCGAAAAGAUGCGUGCCACACGUCACGUGCUUAGUGAGUAUGGCAACAUGUCAAGUGCUUGCGUUUUGUUUAUUUUGGAUGAAAUGAGGAAGAAGUCUAAGGAAGAUGGGCUCAAGACCACCGGUGAGGGGCUCGAGUGGGGUGUGCUAUUUGGGUUCGGCCCUGGGCUCACCGUCGAGACUGUUGUGCUCCACAGCGUCUCGGCUUAAAGCCCCAUAUAUUUUGGUCCAUUUUUACUGCUCUUGCUUUCUUUGGCUCGUUGUGUUUACCGCUUUAAAGCGUCGCUGGGUAUGUUAUAUUUUAUUUUGAUGUUGUAGAUUGUUUUAUUACAACAGAGCCAGCAACCAUGUACCAACUUAUAUUAUGAUAUAAUAAUUUCUGUUCUGUUUUAUGA